UAUUUCCUUCACAGGUCAUGAGAUUAAAAAAGCUAAGAUUUUCAGUGAAAAUAUAGAAGUACCAGAAGGUGGUAAACUGGAGCUUUUUUGCAGCACAUUUGGGUUUACAAAUGCAGAGACAAAGGCAGUUUAUGUAUAUCUGACUAAAGAUGGUAAAGCUAUUGAUAUGAAAAACGGACCAGCUCGACGAGACAUCACCUUUAAAAAAGCGAGAAUAGAAAUGGACAAUUCGGGCAACUACAGCUGUGUGUUUUCUGAAGAAGAGUUGGAAAUAUCCAAAGUGGUGGGAUAUGGCCAUAAUUACAUCUUCAUAAAUGUGAUCGAAUCUUUGAUGAAUUCACAGAUACAUUUGCUGAAGUCUGAGGUAGCAGUGGGAAGUGAUGCUGAGUUUAACUGUACAACAUCCAGUCCUACAAAUCUGUCCAAUAAUAUGAUUUUGGCUUUUCUCAUCAAAAAUGAAAAGCCUAUAAAGGUCAAUAUUUGGGACACAGAGGAGAUGAUGACAGCAUUCACCCUCAGAGAGGUUCGGAUGGAAGAUGCUGGAACAUACAGUUGUGCUAUUUUGUUAAACAUUCUCCCUUACCAUGGAAUGAGACUUGAUCGAAAUAAUAAAGUCAACCUUCAGAUAGUCGUGGCAUCUUACAGCAGCUUUGACAAAAUCAUAAUUGUCAUAAUGUGCUCUACCAUAGUGUUGCUUCUCAGUCUGUUUCUGGGAAUUUGGGCAGUGAUCCGAAAGCGAGGGUGCCUUGGAUUCCACAAAGAAAGAUCCUUGAAUGAGACAGAGCUCAGAGUAAACAACGUGUUCUACAAAGAAAUUCCCAAACUUGACACAGCUGAUACUGAAGAAAUACGAACUGUUGUUUGUUAUGCAGCAGUGUGGGAGGAGUCUUCUGAUGGUGAUGCAUUGUAUGAUGCCCUGGUCUUCCAGCAGUCUUAAUGCUCAAUCAGUAGAGCAUAGCAGUGCAAGUUCAUAUGUCCACAUCCCAGGGAAAGCAAGAACUGAUAAAAUGUGUACCUUGAAUUCAAUGUAUAUUACUUUGGAUAAAAGUGUCUGCUAAAUGCACUGAUGCAAAUGUGAUAAAUUGGAUGACAUGCAGUAGGCUACAG